CAUUGCGAAGGACCCCGCCCUUCCCUCUGUUAUGAGUGUCAGCGCUGUGUUUACACACUAAUUCUUCUGUUUUCUGAUACUUUUAAUCAUUUCUGUCGAUAAAAAUGCCCUUGUUUGAAGGCUUGGGCAGUGGAGGGGAGAAGACAGCGGUAGUCAUUGAUUUAGGAGCGGCCUACACAAAAUGUGGUUUUGCUGGCGAGACGGGGCCGAGGUUCAUCAUUCCCAGUGAAAUUAAACGUGCUGGAUCUCAAGAGGCGGUUCGAGUCGUCCAGUACAACAUCAACACUGAGGAGCUCUACAGCAUCCUGAAGGAGUUCAUUCACCUGCUGUAUUUCCGGCAUCUGCUGGUGAAUCCUCGAGACCGGCGCGUGGUGAUCAUUGAAUCCAUCCUUUGUCCUUCACACUUCAGAGAGACGCUCUCCAGAGUCUUCUUUAAGCACUUUGAGGUCCCAUCAGUCCUGUUUGCUCCGAGUCAUCUGAUGUCUGUCAUGACUCUGGGCAUCCAGUCUGCUCUCGUCAUGGACUGUGGAUACACAGAGACGCUGGUGUUACCAAUCUAUGAAGGCAUUCCGAUCCUGUCUGCAUGGGAAGCUCUACCGAUGGGAGGAAAAGCCAUUCAUAAGGAGCUGCACAGUCUGCUGAGUGAGCAAUGCACACUAGACACCGACUCUGGCACCGGCCUCAGUCUGCCCACCGUCAUCAGCACUGUUCCAGAGGAUGUUGUGGAGGAUAUCAAAGUGCGGACGUGUUUUGUUAGUGACCUGCAGAGAGGCUUGAAGAUCCAGGAGGCCAAAUUUAACUUGGACGGAUCUGCUGAGAGACCGGCUCCUCCCCCAGAUGUGGAAUAUCCACUAGAUGGCCAGAAGAUUCUGCAUAUCAAAGGAUCCAUCAGAGACUCUGUGGCCGAGAUGUUGUUCGAGCAGGAUAACGAGGAGAAAUCCAUCGCCACGCUGCUGCUGGACACUUUGGUGAAGUGUCCCAUUGACACACGCAAGGUUCUGUCGGAGAACUUGGUGAUAAUCGGUGGUACGGCCAUGCUGCCCGGGUUCCUGCACCGACUCCUUUCUGAAAUCCGUUUGCUGGUGGAGAAACCCAAGUACCAUGAUGCUCUGGCUACCAAGAGCUUCCGAAUCCACAGCCCACCCGCCAAACCCAACUGCACUGCCUGGUUAGGAGGUGCUAUAUUUGGAGCAUUGCAGGACAUUUUAGGGAGUCGCUCUGUGUCCAGAGACUACUAUAACCAGACGGGCCGCAUCCCAGAUUGGUGUUGUCUCAGCACCCCUCCACCCGAUUCAGUCUAUGAGGCAGGAAAAACACCGCCGCCUCUCAUGAAAAGAGCCUUCUCCACCGAAAAAUGAACUGGACACUCCAAAUCUAACCUUCUCUAAAUCUGCUUCUUCAGAUAUAUGCUCUUGUAUGUUUACAGCAGAAAUCCUGUUCUAUAAUAGUCCAAAGUCUUUCAUAUUAUUUGGCCAUACUUCAUUUGAAUAGUUGGCGAAACCAAAACCACUAGGGGUCAGUAACCAUCAGAUCAUCUGCAGGCCUCUGCUUCAUCUGUGAGAGGGAGAAGUCUGAUCAAAUGCACUAAACAGUUUCCUGAGCAUGACAUUUAUCCAGCACUAAAUCAUGUUAGUACUUAUGGAGUCAAAAAGUUACUUUUUAUUGUUAUUUAAAUGUGUUGUUCAUGCAGCAUUACAGACUAAUCAUGGAAGGCUGUAGUUGAGCGUAGCGCCAAGAAACUACAUCAUAUUUCAGUUCCAUUUAACAACAAAAAGUUGGAAGUUUGGUGUAUUUAUUUGGUUUGUGAAAAAAUAAACAUUCCAAAAUUAA